UCUGUUUGUUUUGUUUUUUUUGGAUUGGUUUUGUGCCACUGAGUGAGUGAGUUCUGAGGACAUUACUUGUUGUGCCCCAUGCGGCAACUGCCGUGUGGGGGACAAUUCUUCUUUCCUCCUCCUUUUUUUGUUGUCUAUGUGAGUAACCGGACGGAUCAAAAUGGCUUCCACAACUAAGGCGCGGCUUUCUUCAAUGAGAAAGGAUCACGACAGGGAUGAUACUGGUGCCAUCCCGCCGAAGGAGAAAUCAUACGACAAGGCUUGUACCGUGGAGGUGGAUAUCAUCGGGGAUCAAGAAUUAUCUGUAUUGGAAAUUCUACGUGGGAUUGAGCAAGCUGGUGGAACUGUGCUCGGGUGUCGGCGUAAGGGAACUCGAAAAUAUGAAAUUACAAUGUCGCAUAUUUGCGGGAAAGAGAGACUUAUGGAUGGACUGAGAAUUGGUUCCAAUACUGUCCAUGUGAAGGAAAUAUCGUCGGAUGAGAUGAAAGUUUCGUUUAUGAGUUUACCAGUUUAUAUAAGUGAUUCGGAGAUUUUGAACAAAUUAAGAGGAUGGGAGGUGGAAGCGGUUGGUCCAAUUAGGAGGAGAAUGUGGCCGAAGACGGAUGUUGCUGAUGGCACAAGAAUAUGUAAGGUGAGGUUUACAGAUAAGGUGCGCUCACUUCCUUAUUCAGCUAAGUUUGAGACAAUGGAGGGUGCUCAGUAUUUUAGGGUCAUCCACGACAAGCAAGCUGCGGUCUGCAGGCAAUGUCUUCAACCUGGCCAUAUUGUUCGGGAAUGCCCUGAAUUUAAGUGCCGGCGGUGUAAUGAACGGGGGCAUUAUGCCAGAGAGUGUAUUGGGAAGGCGGGACCGGCAUGUAAAGGCUGCGGAGAGAGGAGCUUUCGCUGUCGGUGCUCUGGGCCAAAAGGAGGAGAACAAGAUGGUGGUAUAGCUGAUCAACGGGAGGAGGCGGAGGUGGUGAUAGAGGAGACUGUGGUGGAAGAGGAGGUCGAGGCGGAGGAUGAAGAACAAGGCGACAAAGAUGAGGAAGAUGGCGAGAGUGGAGGAAAUACGGCGGAGGAUGAGGGGGAGUUGGGGCCUAGUCUGGACAAUGUUGAUUUGGAGGGGUUGAUGGCGAAUGAAAAAGAGCCGGAGAGCACGAGGGAGGAAGCGGAUACUGCUCCUUCUGAAAAGGGGGCGGCUACGGCCCAAGGUGGGAUAAUUCCUAACACUGGGUCGGAAGGCGUGGCGGAAAAAGGUGAAACCUCGAAGCGGAAGGAAUCCAAUGGAGAUGGUGAUGGAGCUACGGAUGGAAUUGUAAAGGAGCGGAUAGGAGAGACGGGAUGGAGACAGGCUACUAGCAAGAAGAAGAAAUUGACUGAGUCGUGAUGAUGGAAUUAACUCAUUGCAUCUUCCUAAUGGCCUGCAGCGGAGAGGAUGUGGAGCCGGG